CUUCUUAAACAUUUGAAAAACAUUAUUUGCUGUACAUACAACAAUAGUUUAGUUCUGUGUUAUAGACUUACAGAAAGAGACCUUCUAAAAACGUUACAAUGUAUGACUGGGACGCGAAACCUUCAAUCAGAGUGACUCAAUGAAGACUCGGCACAGCCGACCCCUGCACUAAUCCAUCCAUCCCUGCCCACCCCCACACAUCCCCCCUCCAUCCAUUUAUCCAUCCACUCUCUCAUGACUCCAUCCAUCUCCUCAACCACCCCAUGCAGCAUCCAUCCCCCCACCUGUCCCCUAGAGCAUGGUGCCCCACUGAGCCCCCCCUGCCCCCAACAGAGCCCCCCCACCGCCUGCAUCACAGUCCCUGCUCUGCCCCAUGCCGCCCCCCCUCCCCUGGGUUUCCACUCCUCUCCUCCCCGACUUGCUGCUGGUGCUCAGUGAUCAGAAAUUUCCCUCACCCCCAGGGAGGGGUGCUGGGGGGUGGUGUCCCCCCUGCACUGAGCAAGAGACGUCAGAGAAUAAUUCCCCCGCCCCCCCCCCCGGCUGACAUCACCUCCCUUCCUCCUGUCCGGCCUGGCAGGUGUGUGGUGGGGGAGGGGAAAGGUGUGGUGCUGCUUAUAUAGGAGCCAGUGGGGCUGAACCUCACACCGAGCAAGUCGAGAUUCCAGCCCUCGCCUGCUCCAUGGUCUCAGACCCCUCGAUCCCAGCGUCACCAUGAGCCCUGUCACCUUGAGCCGGCUGCUGGCGGGAGCGAUCCUGGUCCUGGUGCUCGGGGACCCCACAGACGCCUGCACCUGCGCCCCCCAGCACCCCCAGACGGCGUUCUGCCAGGCCGAUGUCGUGAUUCGGGGCAAGUUCGUGGGGGUGACUCCGCUGAGCCCCACCAGCAGCAGCACCGACGAGUUCGAGUCCUGGAUUCGCUACGAGAUCAACAUCACCAAGACCUACAAGGGGCUUGAGUCAGGGGGGGACGUGCUCUUCAUAGACUCCUGGGACGAGGAGCACUUCUGUGGGUACCAGCACCCGGCGCCCCUGAACGGGGAGGAGUAUCUCAUCAUGGCCGAGCGGCAGGACAAGCGCCUGAUUAUCUCGUUUUGUUCCUUCGUGAGCCCCUGGGGGCAGCUCCCCCCCAGCCAGCGCCGUGGGGUCAGCCAGGCCUACGGAGGGGGCUGCGCCUGUGACGUGGUGCCGUGUCACUCCCCGCCGUGCGAGCUGUCGGGCGGCCCCCAGUGCCCCUGGACCGACGGGCUGCAGGACUGGAGCUGGCAGGGGCCCCAGGCCCAGACCCAGGCCUGCCUGCCCCGCCCCGGCCAGGGGACGCCCCCCGGCGCCGAGCCCUUCUGUGCCUGGGAGACCCUCGAGGGCAGCUUCGACGAGGCCACAGCCAACUCCCCCGGACCGUGACCCCCCGAAACACCCCCCGACCCCCACCCUAACCCCCAGAACUGUCACCCCCUCUCCCUUUGACCCCCCCGAUCUUUGCUCCCCCACCCCAGGUCGGGCUCGGUGAAAAUGGUUUUGCGGAGUUUGAUUCUUAAAUAAAUAAAUUGCUGGAACCCGGGUCUGCGCCGUCGUCUGCCGGCCCAGGGCUGGGGGGGGGCAUGAGAACCCCUUGUACUGAGCCCCAGCCCCAGCUGCCCCCUGGCACGUACCCCAGAACACCCCCAGGCGCCAAUCCCCGGCUGCUCCCCCGCGCCACAAUCCACUGCACCCCCCAGGAGCGGAGUUCUCUAUGUACAGCUGCUGAGCUGCAGCCACCUCUGGGGCGGGGCAGCUGGCAAACAGACACACACAAUGUUACAUGGGGACAGCUCGCCUGGGCCCGAGAUGC